CCCGCGGCUCCCCGCGCUGCCAACAGCCCGCGCCUGCUGCCAAGCAGCGGCGGGGAUGGCGAGCCGCGGAGCCCAGGCGGUGACGCGAGCAGCGGUUCCGCCAUUGGACGAGAAGGCCUGAGGGACGGGCCGGGGGUGCACAAGGAGAGACCGAGGCAGGUGGCCCCGAGAGAGGCGAGGGCAAUGGAGGCCAACAUGCCGAAGCGGAAGGAGCCUGGCAAGUCCCUCCGCAUCAAAGUCAUCUCCAUGGGCAACGCCGAAGUGGGGAAAAGCUGUAUUAUAAAGCGAUACUGUGAGAAAAGAUUUGUGUCUAAAUACCUGGCAACAAUUGGAAUUGACUAUGGAGUCACAAAGGUACAGGUCAGAGACAGAGAAAUAAAAGUUAACAUCUUUGAUAUGGCUGGACAUCCCUUCUUCUAUGAGGUUCGAAAUGAGUUUUACAAGGACACACAGGGUGUGAUACUGGUCUAUGAUGUUGGGCAGAAAGACUCCUUUGAUGCCCUUGAUGCGUGGCUGGCAGAAAUGAAGCAAGAGCUUGGACCUCAUGGAAACAUGGAAAAUAUUAUAUUUGUAGUGUGUGCCAACAAGAUCGACUGUACCAAGCACCGCUGUGUAGAUGAAAGUGAAGGACGUCUUUGGGCUGAGAGCAAAGGGUUCCUGUACUUUGAAACUUCAGCACAAACUGGAGAAGGAAUCAGUGAGAUGUUCCAGACCUUUUAUGUAUCCAUAGUUGAUUUGUGUGAAAAUGGCGGGAAGCGUCUUGCCACAAAUAGCAGUGCUAGUUUCACCAAAGAACAAGCAGAUACCAUUCGCAGAAUUCGAAAUAGUAAAGAUAGUUGGGACAUGCUGGGAGUCAAACCUGGGGCCUCAAGGGAUGAAAUCAAUAAAGCGUAUCGGAAACUCGCUGUGCUGCUUCACCCUGACAAGUGUGUAGCACCUGGUAGUGAAGAUGCCUUCAAAGCAGUUGUGAAUGCCCGGACGGCCCUCCUGAAAAACAUCAAGUAGAAAGUUGAGAAAAAGGCAAGUGUGAGAUGCAUGCGCAGACUUUCCCAGAGGUGAAGUAACCAACGUGGAGUUUUCCUUCAAAAAAUCUCACUGUUCUUUUCACUUGUGCUGUCAUUUCUAAAUCAAGAAUUCACGUGCCUGUUACCAUUUCAUAGACAUUUUACUGAGAGAUGACCUUCAUUUGUAUGAAGAGAACUGAGCGUCACUUAUAUACUAUACUUAAUUUCAUAUUUCUAGAUCAUCUGAAUUUUUUUCUCAUGCAUUUGUAAGCUCUAUAACUGUAGCAUUUCUUAGGCAUUUCACUUGGGAAAGUCCAUGAGUUUUCUGGAGGGAGACAGGAGGAGCUUUUACUUUUUUUCUUUUUAAAUUCAUCAUCAGA